AUGAAUACUGUCCGGUUGUGUUUCGCCGCCACCAUCGCGUUUCUCGUUGCCACGAUAUGCUGGUCAGCCGCCGACGCUGUGGUCUGUUGCAACAGUAGUUCAGUUGCUAGCGCCGGCGGAGUCGCGUCUUGCCAGAACAAAAAUCGGACGUUCUACUCGGUUGAGGCGAUCGGCGGCGGCACGUGCGAUGACAACCAGACAGCCUUGCCAGUCCGGAAGUGCUGUCCGCCGGGCCAGCCGUACGAUCCGGAAGUGCGGUUCUGCAAACCAGCCGAUGCGGACGAAGACAAGUAUCUGCUGCAGAUGAUGCAGCUACUGAGGGAGGGAUUCCGGGUGGUGGCCGAUGCGGUGGUGGUUGGUUAUGAUUAUGAGCAGCCAAAGUGUGACGCCACGCAAUUACUAGUCGACGUGUCCGCUGUGGAGGUACUUGGGCUGAGGGAGGUGGACUCGUCGGCCAUCGAGUUGCCACCGGGCCACUGCUUUGACAUGACGCCCACCGAUGAGCUGGUGGCGCGGACGUGCCGGCUACGUGACCAGUACUGCGGCCGGGACGGUUACACGUGCGUCAACAAGUGCUGCGAGCGUGACCAGAUGUACGUCAUCGAUGGCGAUGAUUGGAAGUGCACGCAGAGAGAAAAGCCGUUCACGAUGUCCGCCUAUGAAACAGACGCGGACGGCCUUCCUGUGGGCCAGUCGAACAGCACGGUGGUGCCGUACAACGUCGAACCCCGUUGUUUCACGAAACAAAUGGUGAAGGACGGCUUCAUGUUAACCACGGAUGGCAGCCUUUACCUUACUGGUGACCACCAACGCGUACCGGACGUCUUGUACUGCGUGGAGUAUUACGCCGAGGCCGGUGCACAGGUGGACGCCGUCCUGCAGGCGUUCGUGUGCGGCGAGGACACACAGAAUGGCUGGAUGUUCAUAUUCCUUAUGGUUAAUAGUAUGGCGUCUAUCGUGUGCUUGGCGCUCACGCUGCUCGUGUAUAACACACUGCCCAGCUUCCAGAACAGCCGCAACUACUACGUCAAGCCCUACAUUGCCGUCGAGCUCAUGUCAUUCCUCUGUGCAGUAAUCAAAGAUAUUACGAAUGACAUACAUGGCUAUACAUGCGUUCUAUACGGUUAUUUUCAAUUAUUUACAUAUUUGGCAUCAUUUUGCUGGUUAAACGUAAUAUGCUACGAUAUUUACUGGAUGUUAAGGAACAAAAUUUCAGUAAACAGAAAUACAUCAACAUCAGUACGUACCAUUAUGUACCAUAUUUACUGUUGGGGAUUUUCAAGUAUUUGUGUAUUGACCGGUUAUUUAUUUCAAUAUUCACAACACGAAACGCUACUGAAAUUAUCACCCGACAUUGGAGACCCUCUUUGCUGGUUUAAAGAAAAAACUCGCUACGGAAUUUUAAUUUUCUACCUGAUACCCUCCAGUGUUAUGUUGACUACCAAUUUAAUUAUCUGCUUCCUAACUGCUAUUUAUUUUUUAAGAAUUAAAUCUGAGAUCAACGGAUUCAAAGGGUCAGAUUCAAAAACAGAAAGUUUUCUUGUUUACAAAGAGAAAUUUGUAAUGAGCACCAAACUAUUUCUGCUUAUGGGAACCUCAUAUUUUUUUUGGAUAAUAUGUUCUUUAUUCCAAAAUGAAGAGGGGAUCAUAUAUGACAUUUCUUAUGUAAUGACCAGUCUACAAGGAGUUACCAUAUUUAUUAUAUUUGUGGCCAAGCACAAGGUUAUUACGGACUUGCGCAAAAAAUUUAGACGUCCAAUGGAUCACAGGAAAUCGAAACAAAUUAACACUAUACUUGGGUCGUCAUAA